UAUACAUAUUCUUACGCAUACAAGUUGUUUACUUCUUAAAAAAUAUUAUAUUCUUUUAAAUAUUGCAUUAAUUUUUUUUUCAAAAAGUAAUUAAUAUGAAUAGCUACAAACGGAGAGUCACCAUUUUUGGUUUACCAAAGGAUUGGUCAGUUCACAGACUUCACAGUGAACUCAAUAAAUAUACGGAAGCGUGGAAUGUGGUGGACAUAGUGCCAUUGGAAGAAGAUUUGAUCGUCUAUGUUAAUUGUAAAAGUGAAGAUUCAUAUGAUUGCUUUAGGAACUUGGCGCAGAUUAUGCCUUACACUUAUCCUAAUUUACGUGCAUAUAGCGGAACGGCUAAAUGGCAUUUACCUCAGCCAAGAAAUCUUCAAGCACUGGCAAAUAUUUUCGACGUAGACUUGGACUGCUUGAUUAUUAUCUUCGAACGCUGUACCCUUCGUGAACAAAUAGUAUUGGCAAAAACUUGUUAUUAUUUCUAUAAAAUUAUCUUGUCAAUAUGGAAGAGGAAAUUUAGCGCACUUUUCUUCUCCUUUCACCGUGUAUUUAAGUAUCACAAUUUAAGUGAUGAAGAAGUGUGGGAUUUUUGUAUGCUUGUCGGUCGGUAUCUAAAAUUUAUGAUCGUCGACAGUUUAAGCGAUUACGCAACGAUGGACAAAUAUACGAAGUACUUACAUUGGGAAGGAAAUUUGCGAUGUUCUGUAAGUAUGAAAAUUCGUCGGCAUCUGGUACACUUUCCGUAUCUGGAAAUUUUACAAAUCGAGGGAAUCUUCCUUGCCGAUGAAGUGAUUGACGAAUUGGCACGAUGUUGUCCAAAAAUACGUGAACUGCAAUUCAUGGACGCUUAUACUUAUUUUACAACUGGUGAACACUUUAGUUCGUUUCGCAAUUUGGAAGUGAUCGACAUAUGCUCUAGUAUGAGAUGUCGUCUAGUGGAAAUGUUAAAGGUUUGCCAUCAAUUGCAUUUGAAGAAGUUAAAUAUGGUGGAUACCCGAAGACUUUACGAACCAGCCUUUUUUUCAGCCUUAGUAAAGACGCAAUAUGCAACAUUGACAACACUAUGGCUGUCCGCCAUUAAGGAUAAGGAUACGAUUUUGUUAAUUUUAAAGUUACCUCUAUUGGUGGAAUUGAAAUUUUAUUGGAAACGUACUUAUGAAGGAUUUGAAGAAAUCUUAUUUUCUGCGCUUUCGGAAACAAAGCAGAACUCAUUACAUUCCGUGAGCUUUGAAGUUCAUCCACUUCCAUAUGAAAUGAUAUCAUUUCGUUAUUUCGGCACAUAUAGCGAGGCUGGUCAUGUACUACAGGGUAUUCAUGAUGGGUGGGAAUUGUGUGAAUCUUCGUUAAAGGAAUUUUUAAAAUUGUUAGAUGUUUGUAUGUCAUUGGAAAAGCUUGCAAUUCGAUAUUGUUCAUUGUUUAAAGAAAAGGACAUUUUUAUAUUUCCGGAGCACUGCGAAUCGCUGAGGUUGAUUCAAAUGAUUGGUCAAUGCCGAAAGCAUGACGAGAAAUUUUUGUAUAAAUGGCGCGAGAGGGCAGAAGAUUGCAGUUGUGAACUGAGAAUUGAAGGAGAACUUCUAUAUUUUACGGAACAAGAAAUGAGACUAAGACCAGGAGAAAACAGAGAAGCAUUUUCUUACCGCAGCAUCGAAUGCAAUUUCAAAAAUCCGCUUUUGGCGCAAAGAAAUGCGAAUGAUAGAUAAGAUAUUUAAUUGUGAAAUAAAAUUACAGUGUAAUUUAUGCUUAAAGUUCAA